AGAGGUCAGUGAGCCGUCUCUCUUGGUACCUGUCUCUGUUUACACUCCUUUAUUGAGAAGAUGAAGAAGUUCCUCUCGUUGCUUCUCCUCUGUCAUGUGGCAUCUCCAGUUAAACACUCCUUGAAGUUUUUUGCAACUGGAUCUUCUGGAUCCCCAAAAGUCCCAGAGUUUGUGGGUUUUGCAUUGGUUGAUGAACUUCUGAUCGGUUACUGUAACACAGAUAAGAAGAUUGCAGAACCAAAACAGGACUGGAUGAGAAAAUUAUUAGAAAAUGAACCUCAGCAGUGGGAGUGGUACACUCGAGAAUGUACUGACAAUGUGCCUUUCCUUUUCAAAGCCUCGAUUGACCAUUUGAAGCAGCGCUUCAACCAAAGUGAAGGUGUCCAUAUUUUCCAGAGGAUGUAUGGCUGUGAGUGGGAUGAUGAGACUGGAAAUGUUCAUGGCUAUGAUCAGUAUGGUUAUAACGGAGAAGACUUUAUAUCAUUGGACCUGAAGACACUGACAUGGAUCGCUCCACAACCACAGGCUGUCAUCACCAAACAGAGAUGGGACGCUGAGGAAGUUAGAUUGAAAUUCAGCAAGUAUUACCUCACUCAGAUUCUCCCUCAAUGGCUGAAGAUGUAUGUGGACUAUGGCAAGAGCUCUCUGCUGAGAAAAGACCUUCCCUCAGUGUCUCUCCUCCAGAAGACUCCCUCCUCUCCAGUCAGCUGCCACGCUACAGGUUUCUACCCUGAGGCAGCCAUGAUGUUCUGGAGGAAAGAUGGAGAGGAGCUUCAUGAGGACGUGGAGCUCGGAGAGAUCCUCCCCAACCACGAUGGAUCCUUCCAGAUGAGUGUUGACCUGGACCUCUCAUCAGUCAAACCUGAAGACUGGACCAGGUACGAGUGUGUGUUUCAUCUCUCUGGUGUGAAGGACGACAUCGUCACCAGACUGGACAAAGCAGUGAUCAGGACCAACAGAGGUGAGGAUGACAUUUAAUGGUGCUGAGUGGGA